ACAUAAUGCAACCCACAAUUUCUUUCCUUUACGACUUUUCAAAACUUUGUUAACAUAGAAUAAAAAAGGUCAAAAAAAAAAAAAACACCUAAAAUCCACUCCAUUUUUCCUCCACCAAGUUGAGUACAUUUUCAACUCAUCAACUGAAAACACACAAAAUCCUCUUCUCCUUCAUCGUCGUCAUCAUCAUCAUCAUCAAUCACCUCCAAAAUCCCUAGAAUUCAACUUUCUCUCUCCUCAAUCCACGCCAUCUAUGGCUUCAUUUUCUCUCUCCUCCUAAAAAUUCCGUCGAAAAACCCUAAUUUUUCCACUGGUGAAAUUCAAUUUCACGCCGAAUUUCUCUAUCUUCCUAAAAGGCUAAAACCACCAUGUCUACCACCGAUGUCGACAAUUCAGCUCCUCUUCUCGUUCCUCUGUCGUCACCUACCGGAGAACGAUCUUUCCGGUCACGUAGUCGGCGAAUUUCCGGUCGAGCAGGGUUACGUGGCGCCGCGAGGUUUCUCCGCAGUGCGAACAGCCGGCGAGUAAUAUCGGAACAGUCGGUAAUGGUGAGAGAAUCUGCUGCGCAACAAAUCGAAGAGCGUCAAAGUGAUUGGGCUUACUCUACUCCUAUUGUUGUUCUUGACCUUCUUUGGAACACAAUCUUUGUUUUUGUCGCAAUCGUUAUGAUGAUUGUAAGCGGUGAUGAGAAAACGCAGGUUCCUUUGAGGUUGUGGCUUGUUGGAUAUGGAUUUCAGUGUAUCUUGCAUAUGGUUUGUGUUUGUGUGGAGUUUAAGAGGAGGAGAGAGAUUAUGAGGCCUAGCUUAGGGUCGUCUAGUGCGUGGAGUGUUGGUAUUGGACCGAGUUCGGGUUCUAAUUUGAAUCUGAAUUCUAAUUCUGGCUCUAAUCGGUCGAGUUAUGUGAAUUCGAGGUCGAAUUCGAGUUCUUCAGCGAGCUUAGAAGAUGAACCCUUGGAGUUUGUUGCUGAGCGUCACCAGGAUGAGGAUAACACUAGCGUUGCAAAACAUCUGGAGUCGGCGAACACAAUGUUCUCAUUCAUUUGGUGGAUCAUUGGAUUCUAUUGGGUAUCGUCUGGUGGGCCAACUUUGGCAGAUGAUGCGCCAAAGCUUUACUGGCUCACUAUAUCAUUUCUGGCAUUUGAUGUGUUCUUUGUUGUUAUCUGCGUUGUGGUGGCUUGCAUUAUCGGUAUAGCUGUAUGCUGUUGUCUUCCAUGUAUCAUUGCAAUCCUAUAUGCUGUAGCAGAUCAAGAAGGAGCUACUAGAGAGGAUAUUGAUCGGCUGCCAAAGUACAAGUUCAGGAGCCUAGGUCAAACUGAUAAAAAAAGCGGUGAUAUCCAAGAAUCAUUUGGUGGAAUUAUGACUCAGUGCGGCACUGACCCACCUAUUGAGCAUACUCUUUCCGCGGAAGAUGCGGAGUGUGUGAUAUGCCUUUCAUCGUAUGAGGAUGGGAGUGAUCUACGGGAACUUCCGUGUCAGCACAAUUUCCACUGUGCUUGCAUAGACAAAUGGCUACACCUCAACGCUACCUGCCCCCUUUGCAAAUACAACAUACUCAAGGGUAGCCAAAGCUGUGAAGAAGUAUAGAUAGGUCACUUUCUCGUGGCUCCAGAUCAAAUAGCGUCUGUAAUUCCUUGUUUCACUCUUUCUUUGUGUGCUUCGUACAUAUUCAUAUUGGAAUUCUGUACUCGACAACAAAUUCUCUUGCUCAAGCUGCUCCACUGCAAAAUGCGUUCUGUCGUGCGUGUAAAAUUUCUUGUUUUGCUUCUGAGAGAUGUACAUGGUUUUGUAAGUUCUUAUCUCUGUGUAGAUGGAAGCUGUUUCGCUUGUUAUAUCAUCAGAAAUUCUAACUGGGUUGAAUCAACAUUUAACAUUUCAUCCCCAUAUCUAUCCCUCAUUCAUAUACAAAGCAUCCUUGUAAAAAAGCUUGUGUGUGCAGAGUUUGGAGCUCUUUGUAAAGUAGACUUUCAGAUAACUUGUGAAACGUGUUCAGUCAAUGUCAGCAAUAGCCAAGAAGUUAGGAACUUUCAACUUCCUAUCCAGCUUGUAUAGUUGUACUCCUCGUCAUGCUUGACAUUGACAUGGAUUCUAUCUUGUUGGAAAUUAUUGUGGGUCAAAGGUCUACAUAUACUAAGCCGCCAUUUCUUAUUUAAUACAUGCACCAUUUUC